AUGCUGGACGCUGGUUUGGUGCUCUACUCUGGGCUGGUGGUCCUCUUCAUUUGGCGAUUCCUUUCAGGAUGGAGACUCUGUGGAGCUUGGAUGGAAUAUGCCAACUACUGCAUGCUUCUCUAUAUGCUCCUGCUAGUCUUGAACGUCUAUGGAAUUUAUACCUUCAUUGAGUUGGCGAUGCAGCCCGAAGGUCAGAAGGUUUUUCAGUCGCUCCCGCGCUGGAUGAAGCCACUCAUGCUGGGGACGCCCUUCGCGGCAGUGGUCACAUACCUGUUGGCCUUCAUCCAGACCGGGCAACAUGUGAACGAGAUUCGCAAGGGCCAGGGCACGCUGAAACACGACCGUGCGGUGCAGAUCAUUGCACUACCAGCAGUGUUUGGGUGCAUGGCGAUGAAUGCUUUGACAAAGAUGUUUGAAGGCGCUGCCCAGUUCAACGUCGAGGAGCGCCUGGGUGUGGAAUUGCUGUCGCUGCAUCGACCGGCGAACCACACCGACGAGAACGCGACCCAGUUCUACUUGGCUCAGGUCGAGACCUGCUACCAGGUGGGUGAUUUGUACGAGGCCUGGGCGUUGUAUCAGUUCUGCAAGAUGACCCUGGAAAUUCUCAAGAGCUGUUUGGAGAAGAUGGCCAAGGAGCAGGUCCAGGAUGAGCGGCGGAGCGUGGCGUCGGGGCUGCUGGUGGCGCACAAGUCUUUGGCUGACAUUGCUUACACUGGCGUCUUCAUGUUUCUGGUGGUGUGUUGCGCGGAAGCCAGCUGGUCCUUGUACCUGCUCACCUUCACGAACCCGGAGGAGAAUUGGGGAGCUUACAACAGCCAGAUGGGGAAGUUCCAAGCAGCGGGUUUGGUGACUUCCAUGGCAGCGAUCUACAACCUCAACACGGUCGAGAUGGAAUUCCACGACUACUUUGAAAGCUUUACGCCGUUGCUGAAGUUCUUGACGGUGAAGAUCUUGCUGUCCUUGGCCUACUUUCAGAAGGGCUGCGUCUACGUGCUACAGACGGUGAACCGCUCGCUGCCCAACCUGCUGCAGUCGGUGAUUGCCGCGGUGCCCUUCGUUAAGGAGCUCGUGAGCAUGGGUGAUACUGAGUUCUACCUCUUCUAUUCCUCUCUGAUCCUCUACGAGUGCGUCUUGGGCGUCUUCUUUCAUUGGUUUGCUUGGCCGUCGGACGAGCAGUUCUACGGCUUCGAGCUCGAAGGCACCGAGGCCGAAAAAGCGCCCCUCCUCGAGAAGGCCGACCGUUGGGGGCGGAGACGGAUGUCCAGAUGUUUGACGAGGGAGAUGUCCAGGCCUGAGUGGCCAGCCUUGCUGCAGACACCAGACAUCCGAAAAAAGGGGAGGAUUGGUGAGAGACCUUGGGCUGGAUGGGUUUGGAACAUGGAGACUUCACCUUGUCCAUGA